CCCGCUCUCACACACAGGGCAAAGGUUGAACGCACUUCACAUCUGCCUGAACAAAUCUUGAUUGGCUUUCAGGUUAAUGAUGUCAAAGAUCACAUGAUCCUCUCUAAGCGAAAUGACGACUCUAUGGUGAACUUCUCCUUUAAAUUAUCUCUCCUUUCUGAUUGGUUGAUGGGGCGUGGCCUACCACAAAGCCUCAACCUUGGUUUGAUUAUUGACAGUGCAGUUUAGUUUCUCACACACAUCAUUCCCGUGGUUGGAUAGAGGAGUUGGUGUGUGUGUGUGUGUGUGUGUGUGUGUGUGAAUGAGUGUUACUGUGUGUUACAUUCCUGCUGGGAUGGGUGUGGCAGAGGGACAGAGAAAAACAGAGAGGGAGAGAGAGAGAGAGAGAGAGAGAGAGAGAGAGAGAGGGUAGGAUAGAGAGAAUGGGAGGGAGGGAGGGAGAAGGGUCGGCUGCAUUCCAGUACAUCACCUGCCUCAGGGGGCUGAUGAUCAGGUGUGUCCUUUGACCCAUCUACCCAUCAGGUGUGCCCAUCUACCUGAGAGGUGGGGGGGGCGGGGCCUUAGGAGUUCAGUGCCCUUCACCAUGGCAACAACCUCCUCUCUGCUUGGCCGAGGCCUGGUCCUGGUGGAGUUUCAGUAUGAGUACCAGGGUCGGGAUGGGGAGCUGGUCUCCAUCAAGCCCAAUGAGCGCUACGUCCUCCUGGCUAAGUCCAACGACCACUGGUGGCAUGUCCAAAGGGACAAAAACUCAAAGCCCUUCUACAUCCCCGCCAAGUACGUCAAGGAGCUGCCGGUAGAUUUCCCCUCGCUUCUGGACUUUUCCGCUUCACCCAGUCCUGAACAGGUGCUGGUUCCUGUUGCAGCACCUGUUCCUGUUCCUGUUCCUGUCCCAGUUCCUGUACCUGUUCCUGUACCCGUUCCUGUUCCAAAGACUCUGGAGGAGCCAAGUGCGGCCAAGACCAAACCAGGUGAUGAGGUGACUAUUCGACUCCGACCUGAUGCUUCCACCGGAUACCGCAAGACUGAGAACCGCAUGUCCACAUUUGGUGUCCCACUAGAAUUUCAAGAUCUGUCGCCGCCGGUGGCGCCAGUGCAGCGACCUCCGAGCGACCCUUCUGCUGCUCCUGCAGAGAAUACAACCACCAGUGGGACUUCAAACAUGGCCGAAGAUGCUCUAAGCAAAAAACAUAGUUCAGGAUUUUUGGAAGAUCAGAGGGACUCCGGAAAACCUCGAGUUCCUAGUUUCAGUCCAGCAGACCCGCUGUCCACAUCCCGGCCCCAUACCCAGCCCAUCCCGGUGGAGACACCGAUGGUCCCUAUGGUUCCCCCAUACAAUGACCACAGCGGGUGCUUACCUUCUACAGGUGACAACCAAGACACCCCAAUAGAGCUAGAGGAGGAAGAGGAGGAGGAGGAGGAAAUGGCGGAGGAGGAGGAGGAGAUCAGUGUUGAGAGUAGCACUGGUGAGGAAGAUUCUCUAAAGGAGGAUUCACAUCACCACAUCUAUGAGUCCAUCCAGGACCUGAACCUGGACAUUGAGGCUCUGGUUGGAGGACGAGUGAGUCCUGGAGAACCACCUGAACAUGCACCUGCACCUGCACCACCACCUACCCUGCCCCCGACACAGGGCCCCGGCUCGCUCGACCAUAAAUCCCCCAUCUACGCAAAUGUCUCCUCUUUGAAGAAAACAUCUCUGCCACAGAUCUUGGUCUCCGUCCCUGCGCUGCCCUCUUCACCCCCUCCUGAAGAACCGCCUGCGAUUCCAGAGCACACCCCCUCAUCCUCGGUUUCCUCCUCCGGGAUGAUAAGCCCCGCCUCCCCCGUCAGCCCACUGGAUGGAUGGCAGGAGCACACCGACAAGGACACCGGGAAGGUGUUUUACUUCCACCCCGUCACCAGACAGACCACCUGGUCCGACCCCCGGAGCCCUCCGUCCCCUCCUGCCAGAGACAUGGACCAGUCCAGGAGGAGUGAGGGGGAGCAGCUUACCUCGCCCUCCCCUCUUCUCUCCCCAGCCUCCUCUCAGGGUUCCUGUGGUUGGGAGCAGCUGGUGGACGAGGUCUCAGGGAGAUUUUAUUACUACAACCCCACCUCAGGAGCCACGUCAUGGACCGCACCUGAGCCGCUAUCCCCCUCCUCCCCGUCCUCCCCUCGAGGAGGCCCGCCUCCACUGCCAGCUGAAGAUUAUCCUGUAGACGUACCGAAUGACCACAACGACGCUGUCUUCACAGUGAAUCCUCAGCCGCAUGUGAAUCUGAUACCGAGAGCUCAUCUGGACCUGAGGGAUGGAAACAGCUCCCAGUGGAGGCUGCAGGAGGGUUCGCAAUUGACCCAAAGGCUGAUGGGAAAUGGAGUUUCUGAGGAGGGAACAGCUUUGCAGGUUAAGAACUGGAGACACAGCGUUGCAGAAGAUACGUUUGCUCCGAGCCACAGGAGAAACAUCUCUGACUUCACCGAAAUCGCUAACAGAAGACACUCCCCCGACAGUCUGCAGUUCUCUGAUCGGCACAGACUGAAGAGGAAUCUAUCCGAUCGGAGCACAGGCUCCCAAGAGCUGAGUUGCCACCUGCUGGAGAAAGCAGGAAUCCUCAACAAGACCAAAGUAGCUGACAAUGGGAAAAAGAUCAGGAAGAACUGGAGUCAGUCCUGGACGGUCCUUCAUGGUGGGAUCCUCACCUUCCACAAAGACCCCAAAUCUGCUCCAACUGGAAACGCUAGCAAAUCGUCACAGAUUGUUCCAGAAUACACCGUCGAGCUGAGAGGAGCCUUGAUUGGCAGGGCCUCCAAGGAAAAGUCAUCCAAAAAGAACGUUUUAGAGCUUAAGACUCGGCAGGGCUGCGAGUAUCUGAUACAGUACGACACCGAGAGUAUCAUCAGUGAUUGGCUCAAAGUGAUACAGGAGAGCAUCCGACAGCUGGAUCUGGUGUAUCUGUCUGAGGACGAGGACGAAGUUGACAAUGCUUCUGACAAAGAGGACAAAGACAGGAAGAGGACAUCAGCCAGGGUUUCAUCGGGAACAGCCGACACCGAGCAGAGACAUGUUCGGACCAAGCUGCGACGUUUCCUCCAGCGUCGGCCCACGCUGCAGAGCGUCAAAGAGAAGGGCUACAUCAGAGACAACGUGUUCGGCUGUCACCUGGAUACGCUCUGUCACAGAGAAAACACGACCAUCCCCAGAUUUGUGGAGAAGUGUAUCAGAGCAGUGGAGAGGAGAGGUCUGGAUGUGGACGGGAUCUACAGAGUGAGCGGGAACCUGGCUGUGAUCCAAAGACUACGACACAAAGCUGACCAUGAGGAGCAGCUAGACCUGGAGGAUGGACAGUGGGAGGAGAUCCACGUAAUAACUGGAGCUCUCAAACUCUUCCUGCGGGAGCUUCCAGAGCCGUUAUUUCCCUUCAGCUGCUUUGAGAAGUUCAUCGCUGCAAUCCAAGUCCCAGACUACACCCUGAGAGUCUCCUACAUGAAGGACCUGGUUCGCUCCCUGCCUCUGCCUAACAAUGACACCAUGGAGCUGCUGUUCAAACAUCUGCUCAGAGUGAUUGAGCACAAGGAAUCUAACAGGAUGUCCUUUCAGAGUGUUGCCAUUGUGUUCGGCCCCACUUUGCUCCGCCCCCAGACAGAGUCGGCCAAUAUGACGAUCAACAUGGUGUUCCAGAGCCAAAUAGUGGAGCUCAUGCUCAAAGAGUUCCAAACCGUUUUCUCAAAAUGAGCUGCUCUGGAACCUUCAAAACCCUCUACAGGGCCUCUUGGAUGCCCAAUGAGACCUGCCAAAGAUCUUCCAAAGUGUCAAAGAACCGUCAUAAUCUUUGGAUCAAAGCUUCACCUUCUCUUAAGUUCAUCAGGAAGUGAACUUGGACUCAACUGGCUAAAGAUGAUUGCCUCUGACCACUGUGCCUUAAAUGACCCAGAUUGAACUUAAGAGGAACUACUGAGUGAACCUGCAGACAUUCCCAAGCCUCUCUCAAACCACUGUGCUUUAUAUGAUGGAACCAUCUAGAGUCCUGAACUGGUAUUGAAAGAUUAAUUAUUUGUCAGGAUCCAAUUCAAAACCAACAAAAACACUUUUCGGCACCUUAAAAAGACUCACAUUCCCGGAAGCAAAACCGUCCGGAUAAGUUCAAGAUGCUCCUAGAAAAACAUCAUCAUCUCUUGAAACAGACAGUGGAAUACAACUGUCUGACCUCAGUGCAGUGAAUGGACUAUGUCGAAUUUCUUGCUUUGCAAAAGGAUUGAUCCUAAAAUUCCCCAUCUGCCCUUUUUAAAGGUUCAAGAACAAAAAAAAGAACAAAUUCCUGUGGAAUUGGCAUCAGAUCACAAGACAUCUUCAAGGCCCUCUCUUAAACAAUGUGUUUAUCCUCAGUGCAUUUUCAUGUAGACCUUAGAUGGCGCUCUUUCCUUUACAUUUUAUUGUGGAAUAGAAUCAGGAACUACAGGAACUUUAAAAGAAGUUAAGAGGACCAAGGAUGUUUCCCUGAGGGACUCCACAAGUUAUUGAGGAGGAAUCACAAAAUGUUAUUUUUUGUUAAAGGAAUAAUUUUACAAGAACAUUUUUUACUUUUGUAUUUUAUGUUCUGCUGUAUGAAUGAAUUCUAGAAAUGAUCAUCUGAACAAUGCUGUAUGUUUUUAUUGUGGUAUUGAAGUUUUAUGUAUUGCAGAUAUAGAACAAAGUUAACAUGGAAAUUUAACAGAUAAAACACUGUACAUAAGAGGGUAUUUUACUGACCUUUAAUAAAAAUGAAAAUGAUGUGAAAAA